CGAUCAUAUUCCCGCCCUAUCCACCACCACCCUCUGCUUGUAAGCUUCAACACGACACCCACAAUGAAGCUAGCAGAACUCAAAAGCCACGACGACCAAGAACUCAACGAGCCAUGGCGAGCCCUGCAAUUCGGCGGCACCCCGGAACCCAACAGCAACAGCAUCCUCUGGUACUUCGCCUGGUCGCCCUUCUGGGACCCCUCCUGCAACAACAAAGCCCUCGAGAACCAGGCCCAACAACUACCCAACGGCCAAGCCAUACUGAACAGUCGGCAGGAAUUCGAGGCUACGCUUCGAGCACAGUAUCCCACGGGCGUGCAGUUCGUCGUCUCUUCCGAGGCGCAGGAUCGGACGCAUCCUUGGGUGAUUCAGCGGCAGAAUCGGUUUUUCGAGGAUAAGGAGAUUAAGACGGAAGUGGAAGGGAUAUAUUAUACCAGGGGCGCGGUGCUGCAGGCGGCGCCGAAGUUGAUGGAUGUGGUGGAUAACCAGCUUUUCUCAAUCUCCCGCCUCAUGGACGAAUUCCUCGAAACCAGCAGCGCACUCGACCACUGGUCCCCAUCCACGGGACACACUUACCUCCCACCCUCCUACAAAUCGAAAACCGACGGCGGGCUCGCCCAAAUAUCGAGCCGUGCAGGCAGCGUAGUACCUGGCGGCGACACCGACGCGUCACAGCCCGCCGCAGCAUCGGCCCAACAGAGCCAAAUGACCGAAUUCUCGGACGCCUUCUUCCUUCAAUCGCUCAACCUGACGAAUCGGUAUCGGAACGAGUACAUGGACGAGAACCCGUUGCAAGGCGAACCCGGCGCUUUUGUCUUCGCUUCCACGAAUAAGCAGGUCGAAGCCAGGAAUAAGGCACAAGCUGCGGCCGCAGCUCAGACGAGCGCCGCUACAGGCACGACCGCAGUAUCUGCGGGGAAGCCCGUUGAGGGAGGGAGUGCGGGAAACAGCGCCGCUCCGACACCCAAAGCUGCGCCUAAUGAAGCAACGUCUCGGAAGGGUAGUACAGUGGGCAUGCCACCAAAGGUCAAGGGGAGGCGGAAGAGCAAAGGAGGUGCGAGUCCUGUGACACCGACGGCCCCUGGGGGGUUUUAAGGCGGAGAAGAGAGGCUUUUUCUUUCACAUUUAUGAUACCCAGUAUGUCAUUGAGCAUGCUACAAUAUUGCCGUCCGACGUACUACUACAUGGAGUAUUGGACGCGGUCAACUAAACAUAUCGAGUUUGCCUUUUCAGAGGUGGAGAAAAGGACAUCUCAAGGAGGCGGGGGAUGACAUAUGCCAUAUGCAUUAUCCAAUUCAAGAUCACUGAGUCGAGGGCAAUAGGAUAGUCUCAGUGACUUGAUAACCGUCCUCAAGCCGAGCUACAAGCACGUAUAUGUAC